AUGCGUGAACUCCUUCCACAAAUGUUGCACACUGUCUUGAUGUCAGAUGAAGCACAUUUUGAGUUAUGUGGUUCAGUGAAUAAACAGAAUAUGCAUUAUUGGAGUGAUGUAAACCCACAUGAACUGCACACCAAGCUCUUGCACAGUUCUCUUGUCACAGUGUGGUGUGGAGUUGCUUCCUUUGGGAUUAUUGGCCCUUACUUCUUUGAGGAGGAUGACCACGGUGUGGCUAUUUUAUGGUUUGAGCAACAAAAAGUAAAACGAAGAGUCAAACGAAAUACUUUGAAAAAUGAAUUUCCAGGUUUUCGGGAUCCACUAUAUUCUGAACAGUGGUUUCUUCAUGGUGGUGGUUAUGGUGGUUAUGAUAUGAAUGUCAUUCCUGCUUGGAAGGAAGGCUUCACUGGAAAAGGAGUGGUUGUUAGUAUUUUGGAUGAUGGUAUACAAGGAAACCAUCCUGAUUUGGCCCAAAACUAUGAUAAAGAUGCUAGUUGGGAUAUUAAUGAUUCUGAUGAUGAUCCUACACCGCAAGAUGAUGAUGAUAACAAACAUGGCACUCGUUGUGCUGGUGAAGUGGCAGCUGUAGCCCAUAACGAAUUUUGUGGUGUUGGUAUAGCAUACAAUGCUAGUAUAGGAGGUGUAAGAAUGCUUGAUGGCUCAGUUACAGAUCAUAUAGAGGCAACUGCUUUAAGCCUUAAACCAAAUCAUAUCCAUAUUUAUAGUGCAUCGUGGGGCCCAGAAGAUGAUGGAAAAACAGUUGAAGGUCCUGGAAACCUGGCAAAAGCAGCAUUUGAAGAUGGUAUUAAUAAGGUAAAGUAACACAUGAAAGGUAACUGAGGAAAAUAUUAUAAUAAUACUUGUCAGAGUUGUGCUCCAACAAAACUAGUAAUGCUUUUCUGAAAUAAAUAAUAAUAAAAAAAAAA